AUGCCAUCUCAACCCCCACUACCGCCACUUCUCUCGCCUUACCUAUCAGACCAGCCGGAAUCUUCACUUACUGUGGUUUCCUCAGUCUUGGGCGCAACAUCAAAUUGGCUUGUACUCAGAUACCUCUAUGCUGCUCUCUCAACAAAUGGAAAAGUCAGCUCACCGGGGCACGAUGAACUUAUCCCAAGCACUCAGCAGAAAGUGGUGCUUGUGAGCUUCUUGCGAAGUUGGGACUUUUGGAGGACAGAAGCAAAGCGACUGGGACUGGACCUUGCGCGGUUGAAAGACAAGCAACAGUUUGUGUUUGUGGAUGGACUUUCCGAGCUUUUUACUGCACCAGGGCAUGCCUCAAGCAGUCCGGUCAAUGCCGGAAGCACAGCACGCGCUAGCCUUCCCAUCAGAUCCCAGGCCGGUCCGGUGCCUGGAAGAGUACCGCUUCAACAACCGGCGCAGGAGCCUCGAUCCCGAGGUGAACUCUCGGGUUUCAUGAAACUGCAUUUCCACGGACAUGGGACAGCUGCUUUAGACGCGAUGGAAAGAGAUAUCAUCGCCGGGAUCACGAGACAAAAAUCUUCUGAUGAAGUACUUUUGAUCAUCGACCAGCCUGACUUUCUACUUGCUGCAACGGGGCCGAGUCUAGGUAUCGGAGCUACGGAGAUGGCCGAGUGGGUGAUGGGACUGCAACAGCACGCACACGCAACAAUCUUGACUUUAGCAGCAGACUCCCCACUGAUACACAAUGCUUCUACAUAUGGUCAUGGGGAAACCACGCUAGUUGAGACAGAACAUGCGAGCUUUGCGAUUGGAUUGGCCCACAGAGCCCGCACUGUGAUGCAGUUGCGCAUGCUGGAAACUGGAGCGGCGAGGGAUGUCAGUGGGGUACUGAGAAUAAGUCGAGGCGGAGGUUGGAAUGCGGAGAUGAAAAACGGGCUGGACGAGAGGGAGCUGUUGUAUUAUAUCCAAAGAGAUGGUGGGCUCCGGGUGUUUGGGCGCGGCGAGUCGUAG